AUGCAAAGAAUGUGACAAAAAAACAUGGAAAAAUUCAAAAGGGGUCUGAUGGUUUGUUUGGUUUGGGGGGAGUUGGGUUCUUUUUGUUUGAAAAUUAGGCCUUCUCUACUCCUUUAAAGUCUCCCAUAUCAGUUGUUCAUUUAAUCACAUCUCUCUCCUCUCACAUUUUCUAACCCAAUUCUUUCAUUCUUUUCCCAAAACCCUGAAGAAAACCUCACCAAAACAAGAAGAAAUCUGGGAUUGAUCCGGAAUCAUUUGGAAGCGAAAUAAGAAGGCGUUUCGAGCUCUAGUUUUCGGAAACAUUUUCGUAAAAUAUGGUGGUCAAGAAGGUCGUCACGUGGAGGUCUUUUGUGCCAAACUGCUACAAAACUGAGGCUCCACCAAAAAAGAGCAGCGAGAAAGUGGUGGCAAAAGAAACCUCAUCCCAAAGGAUUUCACCAUCUGAUCUGAGCAAUCCAAGCACAACACUGUCGGAAGAUCUUUCGAUAUCUCUUGCAGGCUCUAAUCUUCAUGUCUUCACGCUUGGGGAGCUGAAAGUGAUCACACAAAGCUUCUCGCAAAGCAACUUUCUUGGAGAAGGCGGGUUCGGGCCGGUGCAUAAAGGGUUCCUUGAUGACAAGCUUAGGCCUGGUUUGGCAGCGCAGCCGGUGGCGGUGAAACUCUUGGACUUGGAUGGCACUCAGGGCCAUAGGGAGUGGCUGACUGAGGUGAUUUUUCUUGGGCAAUUGAGACAUCCACACCUUGUGAAGCUGAUAGGCUAUUGCUGUGAAGAUGCACACAGACUUCUUGUUUAUGAGUACAUGCCAAGAGGCAGUUUAGAGAACCAGCUAUUCAGAAGAUAUUCGAUGUCCCUUCCAUGGUCGUCAAGAAUGAAAAUUGCGCUUGGAGCAGCAGAAGGCCUUGCCUUCCUCCAUGGAGCAGAGAAACCCGUCAUAUAUCGUGAUUUUAAAGCUUCAAACAUCUUGUUGGACUCUGAUUGUACUCCCAAGCUCUCUGAUUUCGGAUUAGCAAAAGACGGUCCAGAAGGAGAUGACACGCAUGUUUCCACAAGAGUUAUGGGCACACAAGGCUAUGCUGCUCCUGAAUACGUCAUGACAGGUCACUUGACAGCAGCGAGUGAUGUGUAUAGCUUUGGAGUUGUACUAUUGGAGCUUCUAACAGGAAGGAGAUCUGUGGACAAAAACAGACCUCACAGAGAGCAAAACCUAGUAGAGUGGGCAAGGCCUAAGUUAAACGAACCCCGGAAACUCAGCCGGAUCAUGGACCCGCGACUCGAAGGCCAGUACUCCGAACAUGGGGCUAGAAAAGCCGCCGCAUUGGCCUUCCAAUGCCUCAGCCACCGGGCGAAACAAAGACCAAAAAUGAGCGAAGUGGUCAAGACCUUAGAGCCACUCAAGGAUUUUGAAGACGUCCCCUUUGCAUUCGUGUACACAGUUCCAUCUGAAUCCGAUAAUUCGAUCAAGGAUGUAAAAGAUGGUGAUGCACAGAAGGAAUUGAAGAAAAAUAACAACCACCAUAACUACAAGCAUCAUCAGCUAAGAUCACCAACCGAAUCCGAUAAUUCGAUUAAAGACGUAGAAGAUGGUGAUGCAGAGAAGGAAUUGAAGCAGAAGAACAACCACAAUCACGACAAGCAUGAUCAAAUCAGAUCACCAAGGUCUCCACAUUACUUGUCAGAAAAAUAUGCUGCAACAGAAUCAUCGAAAUAAUGGCUUCAAGUCUCCUUUGCACCAAAGAGUCAAGGGAACAUAGAGUAGUACUAAAAUACAUAUGUAAAUCAUAUCUUGCAUUCACACUUUAAAAAUGUAAAUAGAGAUUUUUCAAAGUUGCCUUUGGCUGCAUAUGCUGUACAGCACCUGCAGACUCAAGUGCAACAACUCUUGUGAGGGGAAAUGUUAAUUUUCUUGACUUUUUGGGCCAA